AUGGAUACGCCAAACAACUUGUUGAGAGAAUUAGAGAGCCUAGAAGUUUCUUCAAAUCAAGAUUGGUCCAAGCUUUGUCCCGAUCUUUUGCGAAAGAUCAUCGAAAGCUUGAGUUCUAUUGAUUAUCACCGAACAAAACAUGUUUGCUCAACUUGGUAUCAUGUUUGGAAAACAUGCGCAAAGCGACGUCUCUGUCCAUGGCGGAUCAUAUACCAAGACAAGACUUAUAAGUUGUUAGAUCUCGGUGAAGACAAGAUUUACACGACACAAUACGUCGGACUCUCCGACAAUACCUAUUUUAUGGGUAGCUCCGGGAACUGGUUCUUGAUGGUAGAUUCUCAUCUCGAUCUCUAUAUUUUUAACCUUUUAACGUGUGAAAAGAUCAAUCUCCCUUCAAUGGAUAGUACUCCAAUACGUGGUGGACACCGCGAGUGGGGACACUUUGUUGAGCCUUGUCGUAAGGAUCGUGUGUCGGAAGACAUCUACGGACACAAACGGUCAGGAGCUGUUGUGUGGAUUAACGAGAGAACAAGUGAUUACUUCGUUGCUUGGAUUUUCAAACAGCAUUACUUGUUCACUUACAAGAAAGGAGAUGAUUCGUGGUGGAACUGGAAUAGUAAUUGGGAAACCGGUGGCAAAAACUUAGGUUAUCUUGAUUUGGCUUAUAAGAAUAGUAAGCUUUAUCUAUAUACUACGAAUAAUCAUAUCAAGAUUAUCGAUUUCUCUGGUGAUUUCCCCGUGGAAGAAACCGAAAAUAACCGGUAUCGAGAUCAUCCUUUUAAGGCUCCUUGGAUUGAAGGCGCAUUUGUUAUGACGCCGCGAAUAGCCAUUGAGAAAUCAGGAGAGGUUUUGGUCAUCUUGAGUUUAAAUAUAAGACAGGAGCUUUCGUAUUACGUCUUUAAGAUGAAUCUUGAGAGUGGCAAAUGGAAAAAGGUAGUAUCUAUUGGAGAUGAUGAGAUGAUAAUCUUAUGUCAUGGUGUUACGGUAAGAGCACCUAUUCAAGAUGUUGGUGAUGGAGUAAAGAGUGGUUCGAUCUUUUUCGUUGAAGAUUGUGAUCGUUGGCCAACGUAUUAUUGUAAGUCAGAUUGUGGUAUCUUUGAUAUUGCCACAAAUACAAUUAAGUGGCAUGAGAAACCUCGUGAACGUACGAAUAAAAGUCAUUGGUUUGCUCCAAGGUUUUGA